AUGGCACAUAUACCCGUCACCCCAAACACCGAUCCGGUGCACGACCAGGUCUGGCGACACAUUGUCACCCAAAGACAGGUGCCAGAAUCCUUCGUCAACGGUUUCUGGUACCAAGUCCUCCGCCACUAUUUCCCCUUCCCAGACUUUAUGAUCUGUCCGGAAGCGCGCGGGGAACAGGCGCAAGGAGGUGCCCGAGCCGACCUUCUAGUGCGGCAAGUCCGGCUCAGGCCUAACACCGCCGACGUAUAUGACACGCGGCCCAUUCUUGCCUUUGAGGGGAAACGAGGUCCUUCGGCCGGGCAAGCCACCACGUUUGGGGUCUUAAGCCAUAGCGAUCAGCUAUCGACUUACAUAAGCAACUGCACACAGUUCGAGGGCUUGAAAUACGGCAUACUGGCAUCGGGCUCGAUGUUCGUCAUGAUGGGCUGGCAGAGAGCGGCUAGAUCCGAUGACAUCAGACAAGUUAAAUGGACAGAGGGGCGACCGCAGUUUGGGGGGUCGACCGUUGUGCACGACGUAAACGAUCGGAACCACUUAGCCCAGCUCGACACGAUCCUGAAGCACAUACAUCGACUGGCGAUGGAGGUUAAUGGAGGUGACGGUGCUACCCACGGUUGGAGCGAGGCUAUUUGGCCCCGGUAG